ACGCCCCCGCGAACAUCUUCACCACAUUUUCUCCAUCUGUGCGUAGGAACAUAAUCAUCAUGGAGUUCCUCAAGCAGCAUAGAUUUAUGUUUCUGCUAAUCUUCUUUAUUGUCAUUCUCCUGAGCUCGAUGAUUGCAGAUUGUGAGCAGAUAGGUGUCAACUACGGAAUGAAUGGAGACAAUUUGCCAAGCGCAAGCGACGUGGUUUCUUUGAUGAAGAAUAACAACAUCGGGAAAAUGAGAAUUUUCGGACCAAACGGAGAUGCACUGCGGGCGUUUGCAAACUCUGGCAUCGAAGUAAUUGUAGGAGUGGGCAACAGCGAAUUGCAGGCCGUUGCUUCCAGCCAAGAUUCUGCAAACGGGUGGGUUAAUGACAACAUUAAACCUUUCUAUCCUUCCACUAAUAUCAAAUACAUUGCUGUAGGAAACGAAGUUUUGGGAACGUCAAGCAAUGCUCAGUACGUGUCAUUUCUUGUUUCUGCAAUUAAAAACAUUCAAACGGCGCUUGAAAAUGCCAAUCUGCAGAACAACAUCAAGGUCUCCACAGCACACGCCAUGACCGUCAUUGGUACCGGCUUCCCUCCCUCAAAGGGAACGUUCAGUGACACGGUGAAAGAUAGCAUGAGCACUAUUCUCCAAUUCCUCCAAGACCAUGGCUCUCCUUUCAUGGCCAACGUCUACCCCUAUUUCAGCUAUGACGGCAAUAGGGAUUCCAUCAGCUUAGAAUACGCGCUUUUCAAGUCCACAUCUCCUGUCGUGACAGACCGAGAUUUGUCCUACACCAACUUGUUUGACGCCAUGGUCGAUACUCUUCUCUCUGCAAUGGAGUCCUUGGGACAUUCACACCUCCCAAUUGUGAUAACUGAAAGCGGAUGGCCUUCUGCAGGCAAGGAUGUGGCAACCAUUGAGAAUGCCCAGACUUACAAUAAUAAUCUCAUCAAACAUGUAUUGUCCAAUGAUGGGACGCCAAAGAGACCUGGAAGCGGCAUUGAGACAUAUAUCUUCGCUCUUUUCAACGAGAACAAGAAGGAAGGCGAUGAGACGGAGAAACACUUUGGCCUUUUCAACCCUGAUGAGCAGCCUGCCUACCCUGUAAACUUCUCCCCUUAACUAGUCUUAUGUGUCUAAGUGUUGUUGCAACGAUAUUGAAUCGUUUGCAGUGAAGCCUUUUGGAUAAAAAUAAAUUGUAGGCAGUAUUUAAUAGUUUAUGUUGAAUAAAAUUCAUGGAAUUAGCGUGCAAAAAUGAAUCUCCCUUUGGAGCUUCUCAUCAUGCUUCAUACGGACACUUGUCCUUUCAUGUCAUUAAAUAUUUUACUGAAGAUAUAUAGUACAGGGCUCUUCCUGAACUUACAUACA